GGUGCUUUCUCCUUAACUGCCCUGGCCCUCGUUGCCAGAGGGCCCCCGGACUCGACGUACGAGACUGUCAAGAACAGGUCCAAGAAAAGCUCCAAGAAGGCAAAUACCAGCAACAGCAGCAAGUUGCCACCAGUUUGCUAUGAAAUCAUUACUUUGAAGACCAAAAAAAAGAAGAAGAUGGCUGCUGAUAUUUUUCCCCGUAAGAAGCCAGCCAACUCCAGUACAACCACUGUCCAGCAGUACCACCAGCAGAAUCUCAAUAACAAUAAUACUAUCCCAGCCCCUAAUUGGCAGGGGCUUUAUCCCACAAUCAGAGAAAGAAAUGCGGUGAUGUUCAACAAUGAUUUGAUGGCAGAUGUUCAUUUUGUGGUUGGGCCACCAGGUGGGACACAGCGGUUGCCAGGACACAAAUAUGUUUUAGCUGUUGGGAGCUCUGUAUUCCAUGCAAUGUUUUAUGGAGAACUUGCUGAGGACAAAGAUGAAAUCCGUAUACCAGAUGUCGAACCUGCUGCUUUUCUCGCUAUGCUGAAAUACAUCUAUUGCGAUGAAAUUGACUUGGCUGCUGACACAGUGCUGGCCACCCUCUAUGCUGCCAAAAAGUACAUCGUCCCUCACCUUGCCCGUGCCUGCGUCAACUUCCUGGAGACCAGUCUGAGUGCAAAGAAUGCUUGUGUGCUGCUCUCCCAGAGCUGCCUCUUUGAAGAACCUGACCUGACCCAGCGUUGCUGGGAGGUGAUCGAUGCCCAAGCUGAGCUAGCGCUUAAGUCUGAGGGAUUCUGUGAUAUUGAUUUCCAAACAUUAGAGAGUAUACUCCGCAGGGAGACUCUAAAUGCCAAAGAAAUUGUUGUUUUCGAGGCUGCUCUCAAUUGGGCCGAAGUUGAGUGUCAGCGCCAGGAUCUGUCACUGAGCAUUGAAAACAAACGGAAGGUCCUUGGAAAGGCGCUAUACUUGAUCCGAAUUCCCACCAUGGCCCUUGAUGACUUUGCAAAUGGCGCUGCCCAGUCUGGAGUUUUGACUCUGAAUGAAACCAACGACAUCUUUCUUUGGUACACAGCAGCCAAAAAGCCUGAGCUAGAGUUUGUGAGCAAUGCCCGUAAGGGCCUUGUUCCACAGCGCUGCCACCGCUUCCAGUCAUGUGCCUAUCGAAGCAACCAGUGGCGAUACCGGGGUCGGUGUGACAGCAUUCAGUUUGCUGUGGACAAAAGGGUUUUCAUUGCUGGCUUUGGCCUCUAUGGCUCCAGCUGUGGCUCAGCAGAAUACAGUGCCAAGAUUGAACUCAAACGCCAGGGCGUCAUUCUAGGACAGAACUUAAGCAAGUAUUUCUCAGAUGGAUCUAGCAACACUUUCCCAGUGUGGUUUGAGUAUCCGGUGCAGAUUGAGCCAGACACCUUUUACACAGCCAGUGUGAUUUUGGAUGGCAAUGAAUUGAGUUACUUUGGACAGGAAGGAAUGACAGAGGUUCAGUGUGGCAAGGUGACUGUCCAAUUUCAGUGUUCUUCAGACAGUACUAAUGGCACUGGUGUACAGGGAGGACAAAUUCCUGAACUUAUAUUUUAUGCUUAA